CUCACUUGGAAAAUACGCAUGUCUGAUUUGCGAAGCUUACCUUAAAGUUUAAAGAUUUUAUAGACUUCAUAACAGGAACUGAUUGUUUAAUAAUGUCGGGAAAAGAAGCGCAGCAAACUUUUAAAUCGUCAACAGAGACUGCACCGACUCCCAAGCAGAUCUGGACGACAUUGCGUUUCUGCUUGAGAUACGCGAAUGACGAGGCCAAUAUCUUCACUCGGCUACUGAAAAUAUUAGAGGCAGCCGAUAUAGUCACAAUCCUGUCUAAGAUGCCCGAGAGUGAGCUUAGGAGGCUGGUGUUGAUGAUUGCUAAGCGAUUGCCAAAAAUUCGACUGCAUUUGAGCGACGUUGUCAAGUUUAAGUCCCUAUGUGAGGAGAGGGACGUGCCCACAUUGCCGCUGAUCCGGACCUGCGACUUGGCACCACCAAAGUCAGCGCCGAAUGACGGCGACUUAUCUGGGCAAUUCUUGUUUCUAGGUGCGCUGCUGCCUCACUUGGAAGUAUUGAAUAUUCGGGCAGCCAUUUCGAUUCCUUUUCCCAACAACUUGCAGCACUUGCACACCUUGUUCGUCCAUCAAAGUAUAUACGACAAUAUGUUCAAGGACAUCUGCGAGAAAUGUCCUCUGCUCCAGCAGUUGUACCUGCGAAACGAGACACAUCCGGAGGUGGCAUUGGACAUGGCUUGCGUUGUGAAGCUGGAGCAGCUACGUCGCCUACAGCUGCCGAUUAUGGUGAAGACACCUGCGGCCAUUGGUCAACUGCAACACUUGACGCAUCUAACGCUGCACCACCAACAGCUCUGGCCUGAUGUGGACUGGAUGCUCAUUGUGAGGGAAAUAAUAUAUGCCAAGCGCUACGAGUUGCGGCGCAUGAGUUGCGAUGGAACUUGGCUACCCAGACCAUUGGAUCUAUCAUUGCUCCAGCUGCACAAGUGUUGGGCACUGAAGGAGCUUUUGCUGAGCAACUGCAAACUGGCAGCUCCCAGUGAUCGACACCUCCUGCCCCUUUGUUGUGAACGCUUCUGCUUGCGGGAUUGUACUCUCAAUAGACUUCACGUUUACUUGAGAGGCAGUUACCAACUGCGUUCACUCGAGUUGUUCAAAUGCCAGCUGGUUCCCAAUGAUGGUACAUUAUUCAUGGCACUGCUGAAUCAACGAAAGCGGAUGCCAGUUCUGCAUCCACUUCAGCUGAGCUUCAGUGGGUCGUCUUCAUUGCGUUUAGAACUUAUCAGAUGGAACAAGGAAAAAUCUCAGUUUUGGGACGAAUGGUUGCAAGUUCAGGAAGUUGAUGAAAAUGAGAUGAUUGCGAAACCACAAGUGGCUACGAUCAACAUGACUUUUGGAAAGCCACUUAUUUAUCCAACUGAUCUUGAUUAACUAAAAUACUAAUUCACAGAGCCAAAAACUUUUAUUUUUUUAUGUAUUGUUUUUUCUUUUCAUAUUAAACAGAACUGCUAUUUUUGUAAUCUUAAGGUUGU